AUGGCUGAUGGCACCGGCUACACUAGUCUAUCUAGUUUUCUCGCCAACACGGCAAGUGUGGUUGCUAAUGCAGCCGGAUGGAUGUCCAACCGUAGGAUCUUCCACAAUCCCCGCACUCCCACGCGUCUCUCCUGGAGAGGCACAGGGGUGGCAGAUGGACAUGGAAGGCUUGGAAAAAGCAAGCAUGCAGGCUGA